AGACGGUUAGACUUGAACAAAAUUACCUGCGCUAGAAACACACACAUCGGAAACAAUGUCGGCUGAUACUCUAGAAAUGGACACCACAGAUGAAUCGUUCUACGAGUGUAACAUAUGUCUAGACACCGCCCACAAUGCCGUGGUCAGCAUGUGUGGUCAUUUGUUUUGCUGGCCAUGUCUGCACCAGUGGAUAUCGACGCAACCCAAUCACACAGUGUGUCCCGUGUGCAAGUCGGGCCUGGAUAGGAGCAAAGUAAUACCGGUGUACGGACGAAAUGAUAAAAGGCAGGAGGAUCCGCGGAAUAAAACUCCGCCGCGUCCAACUGGCAUUUGGUCGGAUUACGAAAAUGAUGUGGAAUUUGGACUGUUUUCGUACUUGAUUUUUUGUUUCUUCUUUCCCUAUGGUACCCUAUCAUCUUAUCUGAAUAUUGACGGACCACUUAAUCCUGCUCCUGAUCACGACAUAAGGGAUGGGCAGAACGCACUACUUCUUUCUAAGUUGUUUCUCUACGUGGCCAUUAUGCUCAUCAUUUAUAUGAUUUUAAUUUAGCAAGAAUAGCAAUAAGAUCAAAAUAAACCAUGAUGGUGCCAAUAAAUCAUUAUAACCAAAAAGAUGUGGGUCCUUUAC